AGGAGAACCGGGGAGGACGCCGCCUAACGUCGGUCAUGGCUGUUUUUAUCGCCUGUGGAUGAUUAUUUGUUCAUAUUUUUUAAAGGUCUCCAGCUCCACCUGAUCCAGUCUGAGGAUCCGUUGAACCAGGAAUCUGUCGGAGCUUCUGUUCGGGACCAUGGGGAACCAGCUGACGGACAUGGCUCCCAGCACGCCCUUCCUGCCGGGCUUCCAGUGCGUGCACGUGGUGGUGAUCGGCCUGGACUCGGCCGGCAAGACGUCUCUGCUCUACCGGCUGAAGCUCAAGGAGUUUGUGAAGACCAUCCCCACCAAGGGCUUCAACACGGAGAAGAUCCGGGUCUGUGUGGGGGCGUCCCGGGCCGUCACCUUCCAGGUGUGGGACGUGGGCGGGCAGGAGAAGCUGCGCCCCCUCUGGAAGUCCUACACCCGGCGCACGGACGGCAUCGUGUUCGUGGUGGACUCCACGGAGCAGGAGCGCGUGGAGGAGGCCAAGGUGGAGCUCCACAAGAUCACCCGCACCUCCGAGAACCAGGGGGUGCCCGUGCUGGUGCUGGCCAACAAGCAGGACCUGGACUCGGCGCUGUCCGUCGGCGAGGUGGAGAAGCUGCUGUCGGCGCACGAGCUGAGCACGUACACGCUGCACCACGCGCAGGGCUGCAGCGCCGUGGACGGGCGGGGGCUGCAGGCGGGGCUGGAGAAACUCUACGAGAUGAUCCUGAAGAGGAAGAAGGCCGCCAGGCACGGGCGGAGCCGGAGGAGGUGAGCUCCGCCGGAGGAGGCUCGCUCGGCGGCGGGUUCGCUCCAAACACCGCAGCAGUGUUGGCGGUUGCAGCUGCGCUCCAGCAGCUGGACUGACGGUAGCUCGUCUCCACCUCCGCUCUGCACGGCUUGAGGUUGGACACAGACUCGUUUUUACGCCUCGUUUGUCGAGACGUCGGUGAAAAGCUCCUGCAGCGGCUCGCGCUCCCCGCUGGACGUUUUGACUCCCCGCAAUAUUUACUGAACGCUGUACGGGUGCCAGACGGCGGAGAUUUUUCAUUUUAUUUACUAAAACUGUGACGUACGAGGCAGUGUUGCAGAUUACAGAUUAGAUUUAGGUUCUUUACCGUGAAUGAAGACGUUUUUUUCCCCGUAACGAGCACAGCCGUGAAGUUUCGGUUGCUUAAAUUUAAUUAAGUGUUGAUGCAAAUUGUACAUUUUUGUAAAUCUACA